ACUAUUCCCUUCCCUUCCCUCCUCCCAUUGCCCGGGAAAAUCUUCGCUGCCCAAAAUCCCUAACCCUAGCUGAAAAUUUACUCCCGUUUCUCAAACCCUCAUUCAAUUUCCCGAUGGAAAUCUCUGUCAUCUCCGAUGCAUUAACGUCAGUGGCCUCAACCCAAGGUUUAAGCUUAGGGGUUUCAAAGCUCAACUUCUGUUCAAAUCAGUCUUCUGAACAAUCCGCCGGAAUUCUUCAAAUCUCCGCCAUGAUUUUUCCGCUCGAUGCUGUUGCACCACCGCCGGUGAAGUCGAAUCGGACAAGAACUUUACCGCGUAGACUGAUCAAGAAAAGGCGUCGUACCAGAAGAAGAUCUUCAACCGGUGAUGAUGAUAAUGAUGAUCGGGAAGAAGUUUUCGGGUUUUUUGGCGGCGACGGAGGAGUUUUUGAUGGGCCGUUUAAUAAUGGUGGCGGCGGCGGCGGCGGCGGUAGUUGGAAUUUUGGUGGGUUUGGAGGGGCAAAUUGGGAAGGGUACUCAUCCAACUCGUAUAAUGAUCCAGCGUUCGAUUUUGUUUACGAGGUGUUGUCGUGGAUUGUUUUAUCGAAUUGUUUGCAUUUUGCGUUUAAGAAGGUUGUGAGGAUUGUGGCUGAUGUAUUUGGUGAUCCUGCUAGGGAGAAGGUCCCGAUGAGAUUGGAACCUGUUUGCUGAAUUGGUAAAAGAAAUUGACUCCCCGAAGCAAAGAUAAACUCUUUACUCUGAUACACAUAAUUUAGGAUUUGAUUAUAUGUUCUUCGGGAAAAAAAUUAUGUAAAUAAGUGGACAGUACAUUUAGGACUAUGCUUCUUAAGUUCGCAAUUGCAUUUACCUUUUUAUUGUUUAUCAGCGUAAAUAAUGUAAAUAUUCAUCGAUGGAUGUCUGACUGAUUUUGAAUUUGCUUUACUCUAUAUGAUUCUUCUAUCCACCGACUGA